AUGGCGAAGACCAGAGGAGGCCUUUCCGCCUCCCCAUCCUCACCGACACCUCGGCCACAGCGAGCCGCCAUGGGAGCCGCACCUUCACCUCCCGUUCAGGCCCCGGCCAUUCCCCCAUCUGAGGGGGAAGCUCCUUCUCAGCGCCGAUACCCCACCCGGGGGCCACCCGCGGACCCUGUGCCACCAGUCGAACAGGCCACGAGCCCUAUUUCUCGGCCCCCUGCGAAAAGGUCCAGGUUCUCGGGUCCUGGAGAGCCAUCCCACGUACCUCAGCCACAACCAGCUACAGAGGAACCUCGGAUUCCAGUCGACAUGCCUCCCGAGGCCAUUAUCAGGCGUCCCAUGAUAGCUGGACCGCCGAUUGAGGGAUUCAAGAAGGAUCAUAUGAAGAUAUUGGUCAACAGUCAAGGGCUGGUGUUUUAUGAUACAGGGCCUUUGCAAGAUGUUCUCCAUUUGCAUGAUGUUCUUGCUAGAGUUGCACUUGCCUGA